GAGCUAAGCAGCACCUCCGAGGCACUGGCAGAGAGGCAAGCCAAAGCUGAUUAUGAAAGAACAAUUCAGGACUGGAAUCGUAUGAAUCUGUCUGAACUGAAGAAACUUCCUCCCAGCCCCAGAUAUCACAUAAAAAAAGCCAUAGAGUCCUAUCUCGGGACUUCCCGAGGGUCGAGCCGAGCACUGAAACCGCUGACCAAAGAAUUGGAUGCAGCCUCUUGAGAAACUUGCAGCAGUGAGAGUUUUUUGGAGCCUUUAAUGAUUAAAUCAUUACGAGUGUUUAUAAAUAAAUUAUUCUAACAGCACUACAGGAAAAAGCCCGUUUUGGAUCGCAAUAUUUUCCAUACUUUUAGUUAUUGGCGUGAACUCAAUAUCCGCCAUGCACGUCAGUUGUUUUCUAUGAAGACAUUGAGUAGUGAAAACGUCUAAACCCUUCCAAGGGCCGGCGAGUACAGUCGAAGUUAACAGUCACACUUCGGAUCAUUUACGAGUACUGACGAAGUCUAGACUGGUUUCUGCAAUUUUAGGAAAACAAUAUUUCAAACAAUUGUAGAUACAAUUCAAUGCAUAGAAAAUUGUUUGCAAUAUUAAUACACGCUUCGCUAUAAUUUUCUUCACCUUUGUGCGUAACAUUUACGAAUUUUAGAAAUUAGAGAGCUAUAAAUUUAUCAUGUAUCAACUAAGGUAUGAAAAAAUGAAAUCAAUUUUGGUUUUGGACGCACAGAGCUUUGCGAGUGAUAUUUGUAAUAAAGAGUUUAAAGUUAAAGGUUUAUGUUUCAUUGUUACAUUUGAUUAUUCACCCUUCAUCUUUUGAAUUUCAAAACGAUAUCUUUUUCUUUACUUUCAUUUGAUUUGAAAUACAAUCGGCUGGUAGUUUCAUUCUGUGCAUUAUGCAAGAUUCACUUCCGUUGAUUUCUUCAUUAAAUUUUAUUUUCUAUGUACACACUUAAUUUGACCAAACUGGUAUACAAAUGAGAUAACUAUUCUUUUCAUUUCUUCAGUUUUACAGACCUUUUUAGCGCAUAUAGUUACUCUAUAGGAUAAACCACAAACGCUGAUGAGUGUUUAUUUUGUUGUCUAAAUGCCAGACCACGCGAGUGUACGGUUUUCCUUUGUUUGAAUAUUUAAUAUCCGUUCGACUGAUAUGCAAAUAUGCACUUAUGAUUACUGUAACAGCCCCAAAGGAACCAUUAGACAGUGAUCUCCAUAGAAACCAACCUUGGGAGCUUACAGCUUAGCAAAACUUGAAGUACUCUGACAACAGCGCAACAUAUCUGCAAAGCUAUUUGUUCCUUUCGUUGAUAUUUUGGGUAAGUUAUAGUUAAAAAACAUUUUAAGUAGUAAAACAUAUCUUAUUGCCUCUAAUUUGCAAAUGAGUAAGUUUGCUUUGCGAGUUUAUAAUGAAAGUGAUACCACAACAUUGAAUUGUCUGCAAAUAAUAAUUUCAAGUUUAAGCAAAAGAAAUUCCUUCGCAGGUUGUUAAAAAGUUGAAAUACGAUGGCUGAUGAAGCUCCAUCACAAGGUAAAGAAUGUUCAGAUGUAAUGAGAGUUUAAUAUUCCUACAGUUUGACUAGCGACACGAUAAUUGAUAAAUGUUUACAUUCAAGAACUUGUUAAGUAUGCCUUGAUGAUGAAAGACGCCACACGACUUCUUUCUAACACCUCACCAACGAGAAACAACAAUUUGGCGAGUUGUUUUCCGCUUGAAAAAAAGAUAGUCAAGAUUUUCUUGUGUGUUACCCGUACUUCUUGGAUCUCAGUAACGUUUAUUAGGUUUUACAUAUUUGCUGUUUCGAGAUUUCAUGUAAAAAACAAACAAUUACUUUUUCGGCCAUAUCAAAGUGUUCAUUUUCACAAACAGUAAACAAUCGUUAUUUUAUAAAAGUUUUGAAGAGAAACAUUGCUGUCUUUAACCAGGUUGUAACAUUCGGGUUAGUUUUGGCGAGACAUACAUCAUCUCUCAAUACAUUCGAUUCCUUAUAUCGCAGUUCAGUUUUCUGACGUCGCACACUAAUCAAAUUGCAUAUCUCUUCUACAUCCGGAAAAACUUUGGUGUAUUUUUACUUUGUGAAACAAACUUUUUUAGUCAUAUUUUACAAAAAUGAAAUGUAAACUUGUAAACGAUAGACUGCACACGUGUCACCUCGCAGCUGCAUCGUCUCGACUAGAGAUUUUUUUGUCGCCGUACAACAUAGCACCUCGCACGCAUCGUCCAUAAGACCAACAACACAUGAAAAAUUACAAUCUUGAGUUCUAAUUUCAAGGGACAUCUCACAGAUUGAGACUCACAAACAGUUUGAAAGCUCAACAAGUAGAUUUCAUUUUACCGUGCGUCUGUUCAGUGACAGAGCACAGUUGACAUCAAAAUGUGGUAAAAAUAAAAAAGUGGCACACAAGGUUCAGCCGAAUGUGUCACUGAUAUUUGUAACUUUGCCGUAACUGAACAGACCCACAUGGUGUCUAUUUGUUUUAUAUAAUAAAGAAGAAAAAAAUGUCGAUGAUGACAUCAUCUAUGCAUCAGUUUCUUAUAGACCAUAACUAAGAACCAAUCAAAUUUGUACGAAAUUCAGCUUAUUAUGUAAACGUGACUUGGUCUGAUUCUUCCGCGCGCUGUGCUAGUGACAUGCGAAAUCGAAAAUCAGGAACAACUGGAAAGAAAAGGAUCACAGUAAUGUGUUGCGGCUAGAGGAUUAGCCACAACACACAAGAAUAAAACUCGACAAUAAAAGAUCGCACAAAUAAUUUAUUUGGAUUUCAUUUUGGUAUAACAAUUAAAAAAUGUUUUAUUCUCCUUAUUUGGUGGUAUCACGUGAACAAUUCAGACGCACCGGAAAUGCAGCAGUCAGAGGAAGAAGAACCCAAACGAGAACAGAAACGCAUGCGCUCUCAGAUGCUUUGCGAGCUACAUCGGGUGAAAAAAGAGAUGAUUGACAACAGUGGUUUGGUCAGCAAAACAGAAGUGUGAGUAUCUACUAAUUUAAUUACUACUCUAGUAAUUGCCAACUUGCAAUUACUUCUGUCAGUGUUUCUUUGUCGACCUUGCAAGAUGAUAUAGUUCUUUCUUAGAAGUUUUUCUGCAGUUUACAAUUUUUGGGGGGGUAUAUUGUGAUUUACUGAACCCAACCCUGGAAAGAUUUUAUCGUCAUUUUUUUAAAAUUUCUUUUUAGGAAGCCAUACACACCGGAUGUUUUCAAUGAUCUUGCGCCAUAUUACAAUACUUACAUCGUCAACUACAUGAUCGAUGACCAGGUGGGUAAAUAAUUAUCAAUAAAAAUAGUAUCAAAGGGUAUUGAAAUCGUACUUAUUUUCCAUCAUUUCAUAUUAUAUGAUACGAUUUUUUAUAUGUAUGCAAUAGCUUUUAUUCGAUUGGUUGAAAUGGAGUAUGUACACGUGACUCUCUUACCGUUCAGCUAUAGGGUAAAAGCCUUCCCUGUUCGUAAUGCAGAUACUACUAUUGGUUGCAGGUUGACUAUGUUCCCCGUCCGGGGUGGGGUACACGAGCCACGACUCUCCGACUUGUCGGUAAGUAUCAUAAGGAAAGAGAAACCAAGUAUGGUCAAGGGGCUAAACUCAAGAUUCAAUGCUUAAUGAUCCAUAUAAGACGCGUUAAAACGCUAAAUUGUGCAGUUUGAUAAUGUGGCUGAGAAAGUCCUGGAAUGGACUGUUGUAGGGUAUAACUAUUGACGCCUCUCGCGUGGAGUGGAAGUCAUCAUCGGAGUCACGUGGAGAGUUAUUUGUCAGUGAUGUAAUGGGUUGUUUUGUUGAACUUUCAGACCCAGAGGAGUCCUGGAGGAUGGAUCAGUAAGUUUUCAUUAUCUUUGUAGAAAUUUGCGAUUGAAAAGCAAACCGGGACUUUAUUUAUUUUUACUCCAAUGCGCUCUAUGAUUGGUCUACAAAAAUCACGCCAACUUUUCAACCAAUCAAAACCAAAAACAAAACCAUUCGCGACUUGAUCAAUUGCGUUUUCCCGCACUUCUAAGAGUUUGAAUGUUUUACCAUAAUCUCUCAAUGGCCCUCUCUGAUAUUUUACCCUUGUCCACAUUGGCUGAUGCGAUUACUUUAGUUUUAUUGCACUCAUUAAAAAAUUUCGCUCUUAAUUUCCGUCGUAGUCUAGUAACACGCGUGGGGCCUCUCCAUACUAACUCAGCUUUCUCUCAGUUUUCCAGGUCCCAAAUAUGACUCCGUUAUUCCACGCUGUUUUUACAAGCCUCAAAUCUGGUACGUACCUGCCCUGUGGUAAACCUUUUUAUCUAAGAUGAACUAAGAAACCAGUACAUCGUGUUGAUAAUCAAACAAACCAUAUAUUCUUAUACACUAGAAAGCUCUAGCUACAAUACCUCGCCACAAGUAAAUCAUUAUUCUUUUCCUUAUGGUUUUAAGGAGCCAAAAUGUAUCUGGAAAGGAAAGCAGCAAAGGCAGUACCAGGCUCCCUCCGAUACCAAAAGUAGCUUACCCAAGAUUUCAACAAAAACAGUACCAACAUUUCAAUAUGAACUACUCUCACGUCCAACCAUUCAGGUCAGUAAAUUCCUUUCCUCUAAAUUCCCUGUGACAGCCAUAAUAAGACACUUUUUGGGUAUCUUGACUCUCUCAGGCUUUACCUAAAAGUUUCCUUUCCAAACAAAGAAUAGAAACCAAACCGGGAGAUAGUGUGUCUUAAUAACUCUACCUCUCUAGAGAGAUACUGCUACUUUCACGCUAGCCAAUCCCAUUUCAUUAUGAACCUUUAUUUAUACACAUUUAUAUAAUCCUGUGAAGCACCUCGAACAAAAAGAAGCAGUCUCAACGAGCUCGACAUGACGAAAACAGUAUUGUUCUAAGCAGUCUUUUCGUUUUCCUUAAUUUCGCGCGAGAAAAGCGCGAUUUAUGUGUUUUUUCCCUUGUGUGUCUCCCCCUCAGCUCACGCCAGUUAUUACUUAAUGAAAGGUAGACGAGAAAGACAUUCACCAGUUUGCAGAGUUUAGCAGAAUUCGACGCGACUUCGCACGAGCAGAUCCAUUUUUAGCCGCGUGCAGCGAGUGCAAUACAACCAAAAGUCUAGAACUCACGCGUGCUGGGUGAAGUUGCUGUGGUUGAAGCACUCUGCGCUGCAGCGAUUCUGGCGUGCAAAGUGAACGUUUAAAAAGAACUCGUGAAUGAACCUGUCGUAUUCUGUAGACUUGCCUCUUCGCAGGCUAAAAAAAAUGCGACUUCCCGUCGAUAAUUUGAACUGCUCAACCACCCGAGCUAAAUUGAGCUCAGAUUGAAGCUUCACGUAUGACACGAAUGUAUUCGUUUUUCAGAAGUGACCUUCAGCGUCUAAAGGAAUCUAAGGCUGAAAAAAGGAUGAAAGAAGAUCAUUCUAGAACAGUGAAUGAUUGGCAGCGAAUGAACCUGACAGAACUGAAUACUUUGCCAGAGCAGUCACGUUACCAUGUCAAAAAGGCCAUCAUGUCUUAUCUGGGUACAUCAAAAGGAUCCAGCAAAGCGCUGAAACCUCUACUGACUGAAUUGAACACUGCUGAGUAA